GUCUUCUUGCACUUCAUGAGGUGUAUCAGGAUGUGAGGAUGGUGUAAAUGAGGUGAGAAGGCUCUGGGUAUUGAGCUGAGAUACUCUCACAGCUCUGCCCCAGUUCUGAUGUCAGUUUAGAAUUCUCAUUACCAGCAGUUAUUUCAUCACAGAUUAUCGAACCUCCUUUCUCUGCCUUGCCUCAGGAUGGCAAUCAUAGGCAAUGUAUCCUGGGGUCUUCUCUGGUGACGUGAAAUUUAAAUAUGGAAAACUGGAAAAUCACAUGUGGCUCUCUAAAGAGAGAAGCAACGUUGUUUUUCAAGCACAGAUAAGACAUUCUCCAUUGUCACCAAGCUCCACAGGAGCUACCAAGCUACCAAGAUCCACAGGAAUAAUAAAUAAUGUUGAUAUGGAAUUCAGCAGUACCAACUAAGCAACCAACAAAAAGAAAUACCAAAAAGAUUUAUUACUUACAGGAAGGAGAAAACAUUUUCUAUUUGGCAGUUGAAGAUAUAGACACAGACACAGAACUUCUGAUUGGCUACCUGGAUAGUGACAUGGAGGCCGAUGAGGAAGAACAGCAAAUUAUGACAGUCAUCACAGAAGGGGAAGUUGAAAAUUCUAGAAGACAAUUAACAGCAGGCGGAAAAGAUGGCCUUGGCUGUAAAGAGGACUAUGCUUGUCCUCAGUGUGAAUCGAGUUUUACCAGUGAGGAUAUUCUUGCUGAGCAUCUUCAGACAUUGCACCAGAAACCAACAGAGGAGAAAGAAUUUAAGUGCAAGAGCUGUGGGAAGAAAUUCCCAGUUAAGCAGGCUUUGCAAAGACAUGUUCUUCAGUGCACAGUGAAAAGCAGUCUGAAGGAGUCUUCACGAAGUUUUCAGUGCUCUGUUUGCAAUUCUUCCUUCAGUUCAGCAUCGAGUUUUGAGCAGCACCAGGAGACUUGCCGCGGGGAUGCCAGGUUUGUGUGCAAGGCUGACAGCUGUGGAAAGAGGCUGAAGAGCAAGGAUGCCCUGAAAAGACACCAGGAAAAUGUCCACACUGGAGAUCCUAAGAAAAAGCUUAUAUGUUCAGUGUGCAAUAAAAAGUGUUCUUCAGCAUCAAGCCUACAGGAACAUAGAAAGAUUCAUGAGAUAUUUGAUUGUCAAGAAUGUAUGAAGAAAUUUAUUUCAGCUAAUCAGCUAAAACGUCAUAUGAUCACUCACUCAGAAAAACGACCCUAUAAAUGCGAGAUUUGUAAUAAGUCUUUCAAGAGGCUUGAUCAAGUGGGUGCUCAUAAAGUAAUACACAGUGAAGACAAACCUUACAAAUGCAAACUUUGUGGAAAGGGAUUUGCCCACAGAAAUGUUUACAAGAAUCAUAAGAAGACCCACUCUGAAGAGAGACCAUUCCAAUGUGAAGAAUGUAAAGCUUUGUUCCGGACCCCAUUUUCUUUACAGAGACACCUGCUAAUACAUAACAGUGAGAGGACUUUCAAGUGCCACCACUGCGAUGCUACCUUUAAGAGGAAGGAUACAUUAAAUGUUCAUGUCCAGGUGGUUCAUGAAAGACACAAGAAGUAUAGGUGUGAGCUAUGUAAUAAGGCCUUUGUUACACCUUCAGUGCUUAGAAGUCAUAAGAAAACACAUACAGGAGAAAAGGAGAAAAUCUGCCCAUACUGUGGCCAGAAAUUUGCCAGCAGUGGUACACUGAGAGUUCAUAUCCGGAGCCACACAGGUGAACGUCCCUAUCAGUGCCCUUACUGUGAAAAAGGAUUCAGUAAAAAUGAUGGACUGAAGAUGCACAUUCGUACUCACACCAGGGAGAAGCCGUACAAGUGCUCAGAGUGCAGCAAGGCCUUCAGCCAGAAGCGAGGCCUGGAUGAGCACAAGAGGACGCACACUGGAGAAAAGCCUUUUCAGUGUGAUGUUUGUGACUUGGCUUUUAGCCUGAAGAAAAUGCUGAUUCGACACAAGAUGACUCAUAAUCCCAAUCGUCCACUGGCAGAAUGCCAGUUUUGCCAUAAGAAGUUUACAAGGAAUGACUACCUCAAAGUGCACAUGGACAAUAUCCAUAGUGUAGCUGACAGCUAAUGGGGGCUGUAAAGGAAUUAAACUAUUCAGAAAGGCUCCUAAUAUGAAUCCCAGAUUUUUCUCACCUGAUCAGCAUAACAGAAGUAGCCAAAAGUAACUUACUGGUCUCAUAGUUCUUAUUUGCCUACAUUUAGAGUCUGUGAUGCAUAUGCAACCAAAAAGAGUCUUAUUCUUACUGAAUGGUAUAAAUGGGGAAAAAAAAUACAAGUUCGUAGCCUUGCAAAAUGCAACUUGUGCUCUCUCUCAUAAAAAUGGAGAAAGGAGUCAUGGCUCUCUUUCUUGGCCAUCUCUCUGUAAUGAAGUUUAUUAAUAUACUUUCCUAAUAGGCCUCUUUACUUUAUUGUUAUUCUUUGUGUGUAUGUGUGUCUGUAUGUGUCUAUGUGUGUGUGCACUCACUUGCAAAUACUGGUUGUUGCAGCUGGUUUUACCAAUUUAAAUAGAAAUAAAUCAAGAUAUCCAACUAUUUCUUUGCAGAUAAGGGUAAGAAUAAGAGUUAUCAAAGUCUCAAGUGUAAUAGGAAAAUAAAUACUUGCUAUUUUAUAAAACAAAUCAAGAAUUGAUCUUAUCUACUAAAUAUGCAACAAAUGAGUUUAAAAAUAAAGAGAUAUUUGAUAACUAAAACAUCUAUCAAAAUAUUGCUCAUUUUAGAGAAUUCUUAGGAAGCAUUAUUUACUCAUUCAGAUGCAGACAUUCAUGGUCUGGGAUACUUUUAUAAAUUCUACACAAAAAAUGAUUGUCACAUUUAAACAUUCAUCAGGCUACCCCUCUUGAAUUUAGACCAUUUUGCUUUAGAAAUUAACAGUAUACCAAUAUAUGUAAUUAAAAAUAGAAACCAAAUAGAUUCUCCAUAUUUGGUGACAGAGGGCAGAACAAUAGUGACAUUUCCACAUUAUUUAUGAUCAAUAUAGCCCUUUCCCCUGUCCUUCCAUAAAAGUGCACAGAACAUGUUAGUGCAGAUACAGUCCUUAGAGCAUUAACAUUCCAUUUUGCAAAAGACAUUUUCCAGAAUUUUGGCAGUAGGUAAUUCUGAAACACUUUUGAAUUACCUUCAAUCAUCCCUCAUAAUUAGGAAUCCAGAAUACAAAGUACAAACCUGGCAAUUGUUAUGAUUGAAACUGUCACUAAUGCUUAAGGGAAAUUGAAGCAAGAAACAACAUUUCUUCCUUUAGGUUAUAUUUCAGCAAAAUACUUAACAGUAACAUACAAUGAACAGCUUGUUUAGAGAGAUGAUAUGAUACAAUAUAAUAGUGAUGUCAAAAUAACCUAGAGGAAUCCAAAAAACCAGAAAAACAUUAAAAUGAAGCCCAACUCAUGAACUUCUUUAACUGGAACCCACUCAAAAGCGAGGAAGUAUAGUUUUUUGUCUGUUUCUUUUUCUUUUUGAGACAAAGUCUCUCUCUGUUGCCCAGGCUGGAGUGCAAUGGCAUGAUCUCAGAUCACUACAACCUCCACCUCCCAGGUUCAAGUGAUUCUCCUGCCUCAGCCUUCUGAAUAGCUGGGAUUACAGGCACACACCACCACACCCAGCUAAUUUUUUAUAUUUUUAGUAGAGACAGGGUUUUGCCAAUUGGUCAGGCUGGUCUCAAACUCCUGACUUUGUGAUCCACCCACCUUGGCCUCCCAAAGUGGCGUGAGCCCCACCUCACAUGCUGGUAGUGUGAGUCACUGCACCCUGCUGGAAGUAUAGUUUAAGGAAGUUAUUUGGUUCUAAUGAGUUAAGAAGAAGGGUUAUCUGAGAUGCAGUUCUUUGACUUCAGGAAUCUCAUUUUAGAAUUCUAUUCAUGCCCAAUUCCAGUUUUAAAAAGAAAGAUUCAAUAUAUACAUUUGAAUGUAAAAUACUAAAUUUGAAACUCAGAGAUAACUUUUAAAAAAUAUAAAUCCUAAAAUUAUAAUUUAGAAGAUAUUUAAAUAUAGUUAUAUGUAGUAUUUUAUAUCUGAAAUUAUAGACUAUUUUAUAAAAAUAAAUUUUGGUCUUAUUUCUCACUAUGUCAUUUGUUGCAACAACAUAUUUUUAGAUCUAAAGUGUUUUCCAUUUAAUAUUGUAGUGUGUUUAAUAUCAUUUGAAUAUAAAAAGACAUCUGUAAAAUUUGGUAGUGUGUAUUAUUUAAACACAUCCUGUAUAUUCCUUUGAAUGCUGCUUUCUCUACAUAGGAUGCUUUAUAUCCCAAUUAUUUGAUGAAUGUAAAACUUGAAAGGAGUUCAAAUACCAAUUUUGUGUAAUCAACAAUGAGUCACAAUUCACACAGCUGCUGGGGAAAUUACCCUGAAAACUGGUGUUGCUAUACCAUGGAGUAAACGGAUAGGGAAGAGGUGCUGGGCCUUAUCCUGCUGAAAGUUUAUAGGCAAGGAAAUACUUAGAAAAUAGUGUAGAAGGACCUACAACAAAGAGUGGUACACCACUCUCUCCUUUCAGAGGACUGAAACAAAAACAAGUCCUUAGAAGACUAUUUGUAUGCUGUAAAUUGUUUAUCCAAAAGACAAGUAUUUACAGAUAGUUUCAGAUAUAUUAGCAUUUGCUUGCUAAAACUUUUUCUUUUCCAAGUCCUGAACGAAUAAAACUUUUAAAUUACUUAGUAAUAACCAAAAAAGAGAAUAUUUUAGGCAUGAUUAUUAAAAGCAUAGAUAGUCAAAGAGGAAAAGUCUUACAGGCAAGCUGAAGUUCAGGUACCUACUUCAAAGUGUCGUUUGUUUUCUGCUGUGAAGGAUUUUGACUGGGAAAAGACCCGACUCUUGGGUGCCUCUAAAGUCUAAGUAAUAGAGUCCUAGAAACUGGCUAAGUUAUUUUAAGAGAUAGUCAAUAAUGUGGGUGGUUUCAGAUACCCUUUGUAAUCACUGUCUUUGUAUAUUAACACUUAAGAUGUUUGUGUAUUUUUAAUUUGUCUUUGUUUCACAAUAACUGGCUUUUAUUUUCCUUUUCAUGGUGUUUGUUGCCUACAUAAAAGCAUUUAUUAGUUAAUCAUGAUCAGCAGUUGCAGCAUAAAAGUCUUCAUUGGUAAUAUAUUCUUGGGGUUACAUAGUAUAGUUAACAUGUUAUUUCAAGAAACAUGAGUGUGUGUGCGUGUGUGUCUAAGAGUAUCACUUAGAUGCAGUACUUACACAUGCAAGUGCAUUACUCUGCUCAAAGAUCUUCUGACCUAUCGCAGUCAACUCGUGCAUGAGUAUGAACAUGUAUUAUAUGGAAGGUCUUACAGCUUUAGUUUCUGUUUUAGAUUUUAUAUGCUGCUUCCUUUCUCAAACAAAAGCUGGAAAAGAAAAAGGAUAGGUACUAGAAAUAUUCAUUUUUUUUCUCUUCACAAAUCUAAAUGUUGCUUAUGAAAACUCAUCUUAAGAGUCAUGAAUACAUGGAGGUGGGUAGAUAGGAAAUGUGCCUCUUUAAACCCCUAAAAUUUUACCACUAAUAUUGACAUUUGUUUGCAUGUAUAUAAAUGGAGCAUGUGUAAAUACAGAAUUCCAAUCGCAUUUUUUAUUAUAAAUCUAUAAUAAAUCUAUAUAAAUCACUACCA